UUACCCUGGGGUCCCCUGGAGCCCGGAGUCGGGCCGGAGUCACCGCUAUUGGGGAGGCCAGGCUUGGUCAGCCAUGCGUUGGGGGGUGCUCCCUGGCCGAUCGGGGCCCACGGCCCUGGCCACCGCGCGGAAUUGGUGGGCGCCGCCCCGUUUCCCCUGCGGAUUGGGGUGGAAAGGGGCGCCACCAUGGAGACUCCGGGUGCGGGCGGUCAGCGGGGCCAGCGAGCAGCUGCAGGACGCGCGGAGCGGCAAGUACCGGGACACCGUGCUGCUGCCGCAGACCAGCUUCCCCAUGAAGCUGCUGGGCCGCCAGCAGCCCGACAUGGAGCUGGAGAUCCAGCAGAAAUGUGGAUUUUCAGAACUUUAUUCGUGGCAAAGAGAAAGAAAAGUAAAGAAGGAAUUUUUUCUUCAUGAUGGACCUCCUUAUGCAAAUGGUGACCCUCACGUGGGACAUGCUUUAAAUAAGAUUUUGAAAGACAUAGCAAAUCUACAUAUGAUGAAAGGAACAAAAAUACACUUUGUCCCCUGGGGGGACUGUCAUGGGCUGCCCAUAGAAGUCAAAGUCCUAGCAGAAACUCCGGCGAGGAAAGCGCAAGAUCUUUCACCUGUGGAAAUUAGGGAGAAAGCUAGAUCAUUUGCUAAAGCAGCAAUUGAGAAACAGAAAGCAGCAUUUAUUCGUUGGGGAAUAAUGGCAGACUGGAAUAAUUGCUAUUAUACAUUUGAUGGGAAAUACGAGGCUAAACAGUUAAAGAUUUUCUACCAACUCUAUGAGAAGGGCUUGGUUUAUCGAUCUUACAAGCCUGUGUUUUGGUCCCCUUCAUCAAGGACUGCCUUGGCUGAAGCGGAACUAGAAUAUAAUUCUAAGCAUGUCAGUCGAUCAGUAUAUGUCAAAUUUCCUCUAUUAAAACCUCCCCCUAAGCUGGCAUCUCUCAUAGAUGGUGCUUCUCCAAUUAGUGUUUUAGUCUGGACCACCCAGCCUUGGACAAUUCCAGCCAAUGAGGCUGUUUGUUAUAAGCCAGACUCAAAUUAUGCUCUGGUGAAAUGUUCCAAAUCUGGUGACUUCUACAUACUAGCUGAAGAGAAAGUAGCUGUUGUUGCUUCUGCUUUGGAGACCACUAUGGAGGUUAUCUCAACAUUUCCAGGUGCAGACUUAGAAGAAAGCACUUGCGCUCAUCCUGUGAUCCCCGACAGAGCGUCUCCUCUUCUAGCUGCCAAUCAUGUGACCAUGACUAAAGGAACAGGGCUGGUGCACACAGCUCCUGCCCAUGGCAUGGAUGACUACAGUGUAGCUUCUCAGCACAACUUGGCUGUGGAUUGUUUGGUGGAUGAAGAUGGAGUUUUCAUGGAUGCUGCAGGCCCUGAACUUAAGAAUAAGCCUGUCCUUAAAGAGGGGACAGAUGUGGUUAUAAAGAUGCUUCAGGCUGCAAAGAACUUGGUGAAAGAGGAGAAAUUGGUUCACAGCUAUCCCUAUGACUGGAGGACUAAGAAACCAGUGAUCAUCCGCGCCAGCAAGCAGUGGUUUGUAAACAUCGCAGAUGUUAAGAAUACAGCCAAGGACAUGUUGAAGAAAGUGAAAUUCAUUCCGGGUUCAGCUCUGAAUGCCAUGGUGGAGACACUGGAUCGACGGCCCUACUGGUGCAUCUCAAGGCAGAGAGUUUGGGGUGUUCCCAUUCCCGUAUUUCAUCAUAAAACAAAGGACGAAGUCUUGAUCAACAGCAACACUAUGACGCACCUCACUGAGCUAGUGGAGGCGCAUGGUAGCAGUGUCUGGUGGACGCUUCCCCCUGAGCAGUUGCUACCCGCUGAAGUCCUGGCGCAGGCUGGUGGCCCAGAUGGCCUGGAGUAUGUGCCAGGCCAGGACAUCCUGGACAUCUGGUUCGAUAGCGGGACGUCUUGGUCUGCGGUUCUGCCUGAGCAAAGAGCAGACUUGUACCUGGAAGGCAAAGACCAGCUCGGGGGCUGGUUCCAGUCCUCCCUGCUGACGAGUGUGGCCACCAUGAAGCAGGCCCCUUUUAAGACCGUGGUGGUACACGGCUUCACUGUGGGAGAGACAGGAGAGAAGAUGUCCAAGUCCCUGGGCAACGUCAUUGACCCCGACGUUGUGAUCAAUGGAGGGCCGGACCACAGCCAGGAGCCGCCUUACGGUGCCGACGUGCUCCGCUGGUGGGUAGCCGAGUCCAACGUCUUCACUGAGGUGACACUCUGCCAAUCAGUGCUUGGAGCCGCAAGGGACGAUAUCAGCAAGCUGAGAAACACACUCCGCUUUCUCCUGGGGAACCUGGCUGACUUCCGCCCAGAGGCAGACUCGGUCCCUGCAAAGGACAUGUACGUGGUGGACCAGUACAUGCUGCACCUGCUCCAGGAUCUGGCCAAUAAGGUUACGGAUUCCUAUAAGCAGUAUGAUUUUGGAAAAGUUGUUCGACUAUUACAAGCAUUUUAUACCAGGGAACUUUCUCAGUUUUAUUUCAGCAUAAUCAAAGAUCGGCUAUACUGUGAAAGCGCCAGUGACCCCAAGCGGCGCUCAUGCCAGACAGUGUUGGAUGAGGUUCUGGAUGUCCUGGUCCGUGCUCUGGCGCCCAUUCUACCGCACUUGGCUGAAGAGGUGUUCCAGCACAUUCCGUAUGUGAAGGAGCCCAAGAGUGUGUUCCGCACAGGCUGGAUCCAGACAAGCUCCCUCUGGAAGAGGCCAGGCCUGGAGGAGGCCAUAGAGAGCGCAUGUGCCAUGAGAGAUUGCUUCCUGGGGAGCAUCCCAGGCCAAAACCCAGCUGAGUACGAGCUGGUCAUAGUCAUAGAGCCAGGGCUGCUCUUUGAGAUCAUCGAGAUGUUGCAGGGUGAGGAGACGUCCAGCACUUCACAGCUGAACGAGCUAAUGAUGGCAUCAAAGACCACAUUGCUCUCCCAGGAGCCAGGCCCACAAACUGAUGAGGUGGCCACACACCGAGGGACCUUCGUUAUCAAUAUGGAAGACAUCCGGGAAGAGGCUGCGUACACCGUCAUCGUCCUCCCCACCACCAAGGAGAAGUGCCCACGCUGCUGGAAACACACGGCCGAGGCUACGGGGCAGCUCUGCCCCCGUUGCACAGAUGUGCUGGGUGGCAAGUAGCACCUGCCUGUGGCACUGACUGAUGUGGAUAGACAUGGACAGACAGUCCAGCACCUGGUUAUCAAGGGUGGGAGGAAGGGCCUGUUGGGAUUUUUCCUGUAAGGAAGUUUAAAGGUGUGUAUGUGUAUAGUAAUAUAUACAUAUGUACAUGUGGAGAUGUUUGGUUUGUAGAUUUUCAAAUCCCACACACCAAGUCUGCUGGACCCUGACUGGCCAAGCAGAAAAUAUUUUAUAUAUCGUUUUUGACAAACUAUUUAAGUUCUAUAAUGUAUAAAAAUAAAGGCUUUCUGGAAAAUUA